CCUUGGCUGAAUGCACAAAUCUUUCCUGUGCAGCGAUUCUUGCCCUGUUGCCUAGACGAUCGCGCUCUCUCCCUCUCUCCCUCCCUCUCUCUCUCUCUCUCUCUCUGAGGAUGUCUGGUUCUCGCAAAGAAUUUGACGUGAAGCAGAUUUUAAAGCUCAGAUGGAGGUGGUUCGGCCACCAGGCAUCGUCUCCGAACGCUACAGCGGACAGCCAGCGGGGAGACUUCUGGAGUCCAGGACAAAGCGGAGCAGAUGGUGGGAGAAAGUUUUUCGACCCCUGUAGCCUCCACUUACCCCUGGCUUCCAUUGGUUACAGAAGGUCUGGCCAACAGGAUUUCCAGAACUCCUCUCCUUGGCCAAUGGCAGCCCCCUCCGAAGUCCCUCCAUCUGACUUCCCAGCAGAAGCCUGCGGCGGUGCCCACUGGCUUGAUAGACCAGAUGACGGGACUAGUGAAGAAGAAAAUGAAUCUGACAGCAGCUCCUGCAGAACCUCUAAUAGCAGUCAGACAUUGUCAUUUUGCCCCACUAUGGAGCCGUGUACAUCCGAUGAAUUUUUCCAGGCUCUUAACCAUGCUGAACAAACAUUUAAAAAGAUGGAAAACUACUUGAGGCACAAACAGUUGUGCGAUGUGGUAUUAGUAGCUGGUGAUCGUCGAAUUCCGGCUCACAGGUUAAUCCUCUCCUCUGUCUCAGACUAUUUUGCUGCCAUGUUCACCAAUGACGUUAGGGAGGCGAGACAAGAGGAAAUCAAAAUGGAAGGAGUUGAACCAAAUUCACUGUGGGCCCUGGUACAGUAUGCUUAUACAGGUCGCCUUGAGUUAAAAGAAGAUAAUAUCGAGUGCCUGUUGUCCACCGCUUGCCUUCUCCAGCUCUCUCAGGUUGUGGAAGCAUGCUGCAAGUUCUUAAUGAAACAGCUUCACCCAUCCAAUUGCCUGGGAAUCCGCUCUUUCGCUGAUGCACAAGGUUGUACAGAUUUACACAAAGUGGCUCAUAAUUACACCAUGGAGCAUUUCAUGGAAGUAAUCCGGAACCAGGAGUUUGUAUUAUUACCGGCCAGUGAAAUUUCAAAGCUUUUGGCAAGCGAUGAUAUGAACAUCCCCAAUGAAGAGACAAUACUUAAUGCCCUCCUAACUUGGGUCCGCCAUGAUUUGGAACAGAGGCCGAAAGAUCUCAGUAAACUAUUGGCUUAUAUUAGGCUGCCUCUCCUGGCCCCACAGUUCCUGGCAGACAUGGAAAACAACACGCUGUUCCGGGAUGACAUCGAAUGUCAGAAACUCAUUAUGGAAGCAAUGAAGUACCAUUUGCUUCCGGAAAGAAGACCCAUGUUACAAAGUCCUCGCACUAAACCCAGAAAGUCAACGGUCGGGACCUUAUUUGCAGUUGGAGGGAUGGACGCCACGAAAGGAGCUACAAGCAUCGAGAAAUACGAUCUCCGUACAAACAUGUGGACCCCGGUAGCCAAUAUGAACGGGCGGAGGCUGCAGUUCGGAGUGUCGGUGCUGGAGGAUAAGCUGUACGUUGUGGGCGGUAGAGACGGACUGAAGACUCUGAAUACCGUCGAGUGCUACAACCCCAAAACCAAAACCUGGAGCGUCAUGCCCCCCAUGUCCACACACAGGCACGGUCUGGGGGUGGCCGUGCUGGAAGGCCCCAUGUACGCCGUAGGGGGACACGAUGGCUGGAGCUACCUGAACACGGUGGAGCGGUGGGACCCCCAGGCCCGCCAGUGGAACUUCGUGGCCAGCAUGUCCACGCCCAGGAGCACGGUCGGCGUGGCUGUCCUCAGUGGAAAGCUGUACGCCGUCGGGGGCCGGGAUGGGAGCUCUUGUCUCAAGUCCGUGGAGUGCUUUGACCCCCACACCAAUAAGUGGACUCCCUGUGCCCAGAUGUCCAAACGGAGAGGGGGAGUUGGAGUGACCACAUGGAGCGGACUGCUCUACGCCAUCGGCGGACACGACGCACCCGCCUCCAACCUGGCGUCCCGCCUGUCAGACUGUGUGGAGAGGUACGAUCCGAAGACCGACGUGUGGACUUCGGUGGCCUCCAUGAGCAUCAGCAGGGACGCCGUCGGCGUGUGCCUUCUCGGCGACAGGCUGUACGCCGUCGGCGGCUACGACGGCCAGACGUACCUCAACACGGUGGAAGCCUACGACCCGCAGACAAACGAGUGGACGCAGGUGGCGCCACUCUGCCUAGGCAGGGCCGGGGCCUGUGUGGUAACGGUAAAACUGUGAUUGACCCCGGACUUUAUCCACUCACAGACGAUGCUCCCGAAUGGACGGGGAGGCUAAGGACAGGGAAGCCGCUUUUCCCCAGUCUGAGGAGCGGCCCGCCCCUCCGGGGAAAGGGCUAGAACGAGGCGGCCGGGGAGCCGGGAGAGGGGGAGGAAUGGCACAGGCUUGGACCAAGAUCAACCACCUUUUUCAGAAAUGUUUUUGGUGGACUGAGGCUUCAGCAGGCUAUUCCCCAAGUGAGGCUCUCCCGAUGCGUACCGUUUGAUUCUGAGCAAACCGAAUCUCCAGUCCACGAGGAAAUCUCCCGGUCAGAUGCGUUUUACGUAAUUAUUGGGAGUUUCUGGGCAAUGCACUCCAUGUAAGUGGCUCUAAAUGGCUCUCGCCUUCUGUGUACAUAUUCUUGUAUACACACACUCAGUGACUACAUUGCACUUUUUCCACUAAAAUUGAGGUUUAGUAGCCUUUUCAUUUAACCAAAGCCUUACGUUAAAUAAAUAUUGUCUUUUCUUACGCUUUUUGAUGGUGUCUGAAAGAGCUGAAUGAUAUUUGCUCUGGUUUUUAUGGAUGGUCGGCGCCAUCCAGGAUGAUAUAAAUGUCUCUCCCAUAUUCCUAUCUCUUAGUUAAUAGGGUGGUCAUUUCUUUGAGAAUUUUAUCCCAAUUUGACGGUUUCCAGGAGGAAACCCGAAGUGUCGGUCGGAGGCCUGUAGCCCAGUGAAAGCGCCCGCCGGCCCUUUGGGUAGCCCCCGGUGGAUGAUGCGUUUGCAUCGAGAGUCUGCCCGCUCGCGGGUCACGAUUUUCCUUGGUGGAUCGGACACCCGGCUUUGCAGUCCUCCGAGGGGGCCGGUUAUUGGCGUAACCGAGUGUGUGGUGCGUGUUCGGGCCCGGAGCGGGAGCCGUCCGGCCCGAUCGGAGCCGCCUCCGACGACGACGACCAGCCCACCUCUCUCGUUGGUGGUCAGUGUGCCAUCUCACCAGGAGGCAACACGGCGGCUCCUGCAAACUCCACAUCCCCACCAUCACAAAAACACUCCGGGAGGAGAUGGAGCUGGAGAGGACAAGCCGCUGCCGUCUCCCCCACUGCUUCUUGCAGCUGGUGGAGGGGGUGCGAGGGAG